AUGGAGUUAAACUUAUUUUCGAAAAAGAAAAUUCAAGGUUUAUUACUUUUGACUCUGAUAUAUUCUUUGUCAAAAACCGAAGCUGGCUCUCAAUUUAGAUCAUGUUCAUAUUCUCCCGAUUUUUACAAAGUGCUCGUUUCUUUUACCACCAAUAUUACUGAUAAGCAAAAAUUUUGUUGUACUGGUUCUCAAUGUGCUAAUUUGUCUCCCACAUGUCCCUUAUGGGGAGGAAAUAUUCGAGGGCAAUGUGAAACGGUUGGUGAAUCGAAAUUUUGCGUUACUUCUCUUGUAAGUACAGCACGUCAUCCAGGGGAAUUAUGCGGAGGAAUUGUAAACGAUGUUGUUUCUACCAAUGCUACCGUGGGGAACUGUCCCAGCUGCGAAGCAGUUGGAAGUACUUUAAUGAAGGCUCAAAAUUUUCCUCCAGAUUUUAGUUGGUUAUGUUGUGAUGAAUAUGCUUGUACAGAACCGAUAAAUGUCACAGUAGAUGCUACGUCUCAUGCUGCUAAAACUAAUUGUGAUAAUGGUCAAUAUAGCAUGAUGUGUUUUUUAGAUAAUGGGAGUUGGAGUUGUACUGGAAGCAUUACCCCUGAUAUCAAUGAUAUUACUGAACCGAUUGGAGAUUGCGCAAUGCAAGUAGUUUGUCCUGGCAUGUGA